UUUUCUUUUUCCUUUGGUUCUUUUCUUUUCAAGCUUCAAGAACUUUCCCUCUUUUUUUUUCCUGUUAGAAAUAUAAUAUGAACUCAGCUCACGACACAAAAGAAUGGCAUAUGUCUCAAGCUCCUUUGCAAAACCCUUGUAUGGCUGAAAGCCCUAUUGCUCAAUCACCACAAUUACAACAACAUUAUCCCGCAACUAUGGAUCGUCAUUACAACCAAUCAUUCCCUCAAAGUCCUUUGCAUCCACCUGUACACCAUCAACUUUCCCCUUCAGCAAGUUUCUUACCUCCUGGAAAGUCAGAGUCAGAUCCACGCUUACCUGGAAUGAUGGCUCUUUCUCAACCUGGUACUCCUCGUCCUAGCCAUCAUCCUACAGUUACUUCUCCCAAGAAAAAUAACUUUGCCACUUCUUCUUUCCAUGUUGGCCCUUAUCCUCAUCCUGCUUUAAAUCGCAAGAGAGGAAGAAGUGAACUUUUCUCAACUGAACUUGGUCCUUUUUUUAGCUCCACAAAGCCUGUUGAUAAUCUCUACGCAUUAGACAGAUCUACACUACUUAACAUCCGUAUUCAGGCUAAAAUGGAUAGAGGUUUUUUCUUGGCAGAUAAUGAUUGGACUUGUUAUCGUAGAAAUUAUUUCCAAGUAAGCGGUGCAUUCUCUAUUCACGGUAUGAACCAUUACUACACCAACCAAGAAGCCUAUUGUUUGGUUCAAGUCGACGGCAAUUUCUACCCUGUUCACAAUUUUUCAAUGAAUAUCUCUGCUCGUGUCUCAAACAGCGAUAAGAAGAUUGAAUUGGUUCAACAUACACCCAAGCGUGACAAAGGCCCUCAAUCAAGUCCUUCGCCAAAACUUAUUGUCCCCGGUGGAAACUUGAGUAUGAGCUCUGUUGGUGCAAAUCAAAGUAUUGUUACAUUUGAAAGAAUCCAAUUCAAGACAGCUACCGCCAACAAUGGCAAAAGAAGAGCCGCUCAACAAUACUACGUCUGUUUAGUAGAUCUUUAUGCGGAGAUUGAAGGCAACCAAAGAAUUAAAAUUGCCUCUUGUCAAUCUGCUCCUCUCGUUGUUCGUGGUCGUAGUCCUGGUCACUAUUCUGACAACCAUGAACGCUUUGAAAACAACAUGCCUAUGUCUGCACAACCUGAUGAAAGAUACAGUUCAUCUUUCCCAAGACCACCAAUGACUCCACCUGGUGUCAUGGGCCCUGACUAUAGCUCACCUUAUCCUUAUCAAGGUUAUCCUAAUUACCCUCAAUUCAGUCCCAUGCAACCUGGAAUGAUGCCACCCACACCCACUGGCGGUCCUUCUCAACAACAUGGCCAUCCUUAUAUGAUGCCUGGUAUGACUUCAGAUCCCUCUUCCUCAGAAUCAUCAUCGCCUGAUAUUUAUAACAAUGAAUUCGGUGCUGGAAACAACGGAACAGCUCCCGUAUCUAAUGCAAGCAACGGGUUGCACGAAGAAGCUAAAAUAGGCCAUCCUCAGUUACCUCAUCCUACUAAUAUGAACAUGCCAAUGCGUAUGGAAAACAACAACUGGAGUCGCAGUCGUAUGAAUUCCACUGGUAGUCACCAAUCUCCUAUUGCUUAUGAACAACAUAAUUCUUAUUUCUCUCAACCCACAUCAAGUAGCCAGACUGUAUACUCCAAUUCUUCCGCGCCCUCAACACCUUAUGGUGGUCCUGUUUCCAGAAAAUACAGCAUCCAACAAGCAUCAUAAAUUCGGACUGUGUCUCUUUCUCUAUUGCUUUGGAUUUUUUUUUUUUUUUUUUUUUGUUAAUCCGCCAUUUUAUGAUCCAUCAUACCAUUUACUUGUAAGCUUUUUAUAUACUUGUAUUUACUACUUAUUUCUACUAUGUAAUUCUCUGAACCAUGCUAGCCUUCUCUUUUUUUUUGUUUUAUUAGUUUCAUGAUUUGUUAUAUAUAUCUAUAUCUAUAUUUUAAAGGACCAUUAAUUUUACUACCAGAAUAAAAACCAAAAUUGUGUGUUGCACAUGUCAAAUUAGACUGAUCUUUAUAUGAAAAAGUGUCAUGAUACACGAU